GAAACUCCCCAUUUGUUUAUUACUAAUAACAAGCCCAAAGCACAAACUUGUUUGUGUCGAAAAAUGGCGCCUGUGGCAGCGAGAAGCGCCGGCGCUGUUGGUGCCGGAACCGCCAUCUUACUCACUCUCGCCGUCGCGUAUUUCUUCUGCGAUCGUCGCUGCAAUUCCUCAAAACACAACAAGAAGAAAAAAUCAAAGAAUGGAAUCCUUGCCGCCAUUGGUAACACUCCUUUGAUUCGAAUCAAUAGUCUCUCCGAUGCCACUGGUUGCGAAAUUCUUGGCAAGUGUGAGUUUUUGAACCCUGGUGGGAGUGUCAAAGAUCGUGUUGCAGUUCAAAUUAUUGAAGAGGCUUUAGAAUCUGGGAAGCUACGUAAAGGUGGUAUAGUUACUGAAGGGAGUGUCGGAAGCACUGCCAUUAGCUUUGCUACUGUUGCUCCUGCUUAUGGAUGCAAAUGCCAUGUGGUUAUUCCAGAUGAUGCUGCCAUUGAGAAGUCUCAAAUAAUCGAAGCUCUUGGGGCCAAAGUUGAAAGAGUACGGCCAGUGUCAAUCACUCACAAAGACCAUUUUGUGAAUAUUGCAAGAAGACGGGCAUCUGAAGCAAAUGAGUUUGCAUUUAAGAAUAGAAAAUCACAACCGAAUGGCACGGACUCACAGCAAAUAAAUGGUUAUAAAUCUGACGAACACAACCACAACUCACUCUUUCCUGAUGACUGUCAAGGCGGCUUCUUUGCUGAUCAGUUUGAGAAUCUUGCAAACUUCAGGGCCCAUUACCAAAGUACAGGACCUGAGAUUUGGGAACAAACAAAUGGAAAGUUAGAUGCAUUCGUUGCAGGAGCAGGCACUGGUGGUACUGUGGCCGGUGUUUCCAAGUUUCUUCAGGUUCAUCUUCUCUAUUCUUCAUGUUUUAAAUAUUGUCAUUUUAAUUGUAAAAGUUGCCUGAAUUUUAUGUUUUAUGCUCAACAGGAAAAUAAUCCAAACAUCAAGUGUUACCUCAUAGACCCUCCUGGUUCUGGCUUGUAUAAUAAGGUAACGAGGGGGGUAAUGUACACCAAAGAGGAGGCAGAAGGACGGAGACUUAAGAAUCCGUUUGACACUAUAACAGAAGGAAUUGGAAUUAACAGGCUAACAAGGAAUUUCGCAGAAGCAAAACUUGAUGGGGCCUUUAGAGCCACAGAUAGGGAGGCUGUUGAAAUGGCCAGGUAUCUUGUGAAGAAUGAUGGGCUUUUUCUUGGGAGUUCUUCUGCAUUGAACUGUAUUGGAGCAGUUAGAGCAGCACAAUCAUUAGGCCCUGGUCACACAAUUGUAACCAUUCUGUGUGACAGUGGAAUGAGACAUUUGAGCAAGUUUUGUAAUGAUGAAUACUUGUCUAAGCUUGGUUUGACACCUAAAGCAACUGGAUUAGAGUUCUUGGGUAUCAAAUGAGUAUGUUCCUUCACAGAAUGACAGGUGUUCCUACUUCAUUACCAGUGCAAUGUCUGAGAAGAUCAUGUGAGAAGCCAACAAGUCCAUCAUAUGCUUAUGGUGUUAAGUUAUACUAUUAUUUAUUUAAUUACUGAUCGAUUUCUUCAGAAUACAAGAGGGCCGAAGACAAGACGACCGAUUUAUUUAUUAGUAUUAGUUUGCUCAUUAUUUGAGUAUGAAGCAAUUAGUUCUCAUAUCAUUACUGUAUUUUACUGGAGAUAUCAAUACUGGUAUGCUGUAUUUUUUUAAUGUAUACACAAUUCAAAAAUUAGUUUAAUUGGCACGUUGAUGAGCA